CUUUCUCCUUUCCUUUUCCCCACUGCCCUCUGUUCCCAUCCCCUCUCCUCCUUCCCUGCCCAGUGCUGCUCCGGCAAGGCCUGAGGGAGCCAGGCCGGGGUUCAGGUUGGAGCACUGGGCACUUGUGGAGCAGCUUCACUCAGGCCUUUGGGCCGCCCGUGGGCUGUGCCCUGAGGCUGGGGGAGCCUCACUGAAGGGGCUGGGGGGGUGUCCCCAAGGCAGGGUCCGGGUUCUCCAGCUGCUUGGGCAGGUGAAAGGGCAGCAGUUAUGGCCUGGCCCUGGCUGCCGCACUUGCGGAUCUUCUCAGAAGUCAAACCUGGAGAGUCACUUUUGUUUCAGCUGCUUUUUUUCCAUCCUUUCGUCUCUUUUAUUUCCCCAUCGAAAAUAUAAACCUAAAUAUAGCCUGAUAGAUCUGCAGUCCCCCAUUGUCUCGGGGGGAAGGCACAAGCAUACAUGAGAGAGGACACUGCAUCAACUGCCUUGCCUUCAGAGCUUUCUUCAGCUGUUUUUCUCCCAUUCCUUGAUAUAAAACUGUCAGAAGCAUUCACAGGAUGAUUUUAUAAUGAACGCAUGCAAUAACUCCACAGAUAAUGAGCACAUCAUUAAUUCAGAGUAAAAUAACAUCUCAGCCUUUCUUUUGUCUUCAUAAUUAAGAUCUUCCUCCGAGAUAACCAACUGGCUGCAGGACAACCAAACAAAAGAAGUAAUCAGACUCCACUGACCUGCUUGCCCUCAGUUGUGAAGGAUGAAAAGCAGCAGCAGCUUUCUGUGGAACAGGGCUUCUGGCAGCUCUGGCUUCUUUCCUCUGGGAUUCUCUUGGCAUAAAGACAUCAAGGUCUUGAGCUGAUAAUGCUGUGAGGCCACACGUAGCAGGCUGUGCUGUGUCCCGUGAAGCAGCUUUGGUGAUGCACUGCUGACAUGGCUGAGCAAAGGCAGCGUGCUUUGUCCACGUCAGGACAAGCCUUGUAUGAAAUCCUGGCUGUAGAGAAAGGAGCAACACAUGAUGAGAUUAAGAAGUCCUACAGAAAACUGGCUCUGAAAUACCAUCCUGACAAGAAUCCAGACAAUCCAGAGGCAGCAGAGAAGUUCAAAGAGAUCAACAAUGCUCAUGCGACCCUGACUGACACAUCCAAGAGAAACAUCUAUGACAAGUAUGGAUCCUUGGGGCUCUACGUGGCAGAGCAGUUUGGGGAGGAAAAUGUUAACACCUACUUCAUGCUCUCCAGCUGGUGGGCAAAGGGCCUGUUCGCAGUCUGUGCUCUGCUGACUGGCUGCUACCUCUGCUGCUGCUGCUGCUGCUGCUUCAACUGCUGCUGUGGAAAGUGCAAACCCAAAGCACCUCAGGGGGAAGAGCAGGAGUUCUGUGUGUCUCCAGAAGACUUGGAAGAGCAAAUUAAGCACGACAUGGAAAGAGAUGGAGAAGCCUGUAUCGUGCUUCAGCCGACGAACGCGACCGAGAAGACGCAGCUGAUCGGGGACGGGCAGCGCAGCUACCGCACGGACCGCUAGGGAGGGCAGCAGGACCUGCUGGAGCUCACCACUGGGCAGCACAGCCAGAGGACACCUGAGCAGCAACCCUGCUGUCUUUGUAGUUGGCUUUAAGCUAAUCAAGAGUAACAUGAGAGUCAUUUCCUAUCAAGGCAUCUCCCUCUAGGCUGUUUCCAGUACGCUGAUAUCUGCAGGCUGCAAGGAGAUAGUUGUGGCCUGUCCAGAGCUCUACAGGCCAUCUGCUGGUCUCCCAUGGCUCUGGACUGCCAGACCCAGCAGGCUCUUUCCCCCUACUCCUACUCCCUCUGGGCCAGUUGCUCUCCUCCCUGCCCUUUGCUGUGGUUUCACCUCUCAGAUCCAGUCCUGAGCCCGUUUCUGGACACUCUGGCUGUCCCUGCCCUGGGAAUGCUGUUUGCAUACAGCAGUUCUGGGGGAUGUGAAACGUUCCUGGAAAUGCUUUCUAGCAGACCUCAGGGGGAAUGUUGGUGGCAGGGCAGGUGGAGUUGUCCUUCCAGAGAGGAAACCCUCUUUGGAAAGCAGCUUGCUAGCAGUUAUAAACCUGAGCCAGGACAGAGUGCGUGGGGAUGGUCCCACUGGUGGUGAGAAGUCCCUCCAGAGCCAGGAGCCUCAUCCAACAGCAGAAGCACACACGGGCUCAGUGUCUUCCCCUGCACAGGUUUCAAGCCCAGGAGACAGAGGGCAAACACCUGGUGGAGGGGGAAGCUGGUCUUAAGCUGCCCCACAGCCAUCAGCAGACCCAUGGCAAAGCUUCUCUGAUCCUGCUGCCCAUGCUGGGCAGCUCCAGCUUCUCUGGCUGCAGCUGCAAUGUGCUGGAAGUUGGUUCCCAGCCAACGGCUUUCUGCCAGCUUGCUGAUCCCACCACACUGCUCCUGCUGCCCUGCUGGCGCUGGGCUGGGAGCCAUCACACCAGUGCUGGCAGCAGGGCUGUGGGAGCAGCAAGGACAGGCUUUAGCAGGGCCUGUUGGGACAGCACAAAGGGUGAGAGCUUUAAACCAAAAGAGUGAGAUUUAAAAUAGAAGGAAGAAAUUCUGAACUGUGAGGGUGGUGAGACCCUGGCCCAGGCUGUGUUUGUUGUGGGGCCACCUAAAGCUCACUUGCCCUCAGCCCUACUUUUCUGCCCCAAAGGAAAGGAGGACUUUUGGCACCUCUGUACCAAGUGCAUGGGCAUUUGCUCCUCUCCUCUGCAUCCUCAGUUGCUUGUUGGAGAUGAUCCUGGAGGCCAGUGGUGUGUCUCUAAAACCAGACCUGCCCAGGAGAGCUCAGCCACUGGGUACGUGCUGGGGCACACUGGCACCAGGCAUUGCUUGGCUUUCUUCACUGCUGCCCUUUGCUGGGUGGUUACUCUGGUGGGAGAUGUUAUCACCCAGGGAAGGAGCAGGGAGAGCACGUAGCAGGGAGUAGAUCCACAGGCCAAGUGAUUUCCCAAGCUUCUCUGUCUGGGAAAGAAGCUCUCUGUGACAGUGGGCAAGGGCUGUGUGGUGACUUCCCAGCAGAGUUGGGAAAGGUGUUGGGAGCAAAGUCUGGUGUACAGCUACAGGUUACCUGUGGAGUCCUUUCCCGUGUGAAACAUCUCAUGGAAGGCACUGAGAGCUGCACCCUCGAUUUCAACAGCAGCUCCAGAGACAGGCCUAAAGCCAGGGAGGGAAAGGUAAAUCCCAGGUUAGCAAAGGCAAGCAGGGAAAUCUGUCACAUGCAGCACCUUUGAUGUCCUCCAGGACCCACCUCCUGGGCCAAAGUUUGUUGAAAUCAAGGAAAUCACCUCCAUGGGCCUGAGAUGUGGCAUAGGUGGUGUGGGGCUUGUCUGCCCUUUCUAGGCAAGAGCUGCUUCCUGGCAAAGAUUUAUGGUUGCAGCUUGCAGCCUGAUGCAAAGGGGAGCAAGCUGCUGCUUGAGCUGCCGGGUAGCCAGAAACCCCACAGCAACCCAGGGAUGAGCCUCUGAGCCUGCUCCAGGACUUGUGGCUUCAAAAACUGAGUGUCUCAAUCCACAGCUUCAUUCCAAAGAGGAAAAUCAGUUUUCAGAGUACCAGGACAUUGCCUCCCUCGCUGCUGUUGGGAUCAGCUGUUCUGAGAACAAAUGGAAAAAGGAUGGAUAAGGAUUUCAGGACCUAGCUCUCUGGCAUGACAUUACUCAGGUGUUGGUGUCAGGAGUCUGUUGGUGUUAGCACAGCUCUGUGCUCACAGGGUCAGUCCCUGGGCAUGCCCAUAAGCCUCCUCAAAAUGGACAGACCCUCACUUUUUUGUUCUGCCUCUCUGUGUUUAUGUAUUUGUAAAGCAUCCAUGUCCAAGCCCACCCUUGCUGCCAGCUGCUCUAGCUAAUAAAGCUUGCACCAACUACA